CAGCCCACCCUACCGAAAGAGCGCCCGAGCUCCCUUUCCCAGAGUGCUCUGCGCCGUGAAGAAGCGGCUUCCAGGGACUGGGGGCAUUUUGUGUUGGCUGGAGCUGGAGGAACAAGAUGGCGGCAUCGGCGGAGUGACGGGGUCCCUCCGGGCCGGAGCCGGCGGCAGUGGUGGCAUCGGUACCGCCGCCCUAACUCACCGCGCCCCUUUCCCAGCCCGCAACGUCGCCGCGGACGCGAGACAGCGGCGGCCGCCCCAAAGCAACCAGCCGAGCGUCAGCCGCCGCGACCACUCUUCACGAACCGGCCCUCAGCGAGCGGCAGCGAUCCGGCUUCUCGCAGCCGACUCCGCGCCCCUGUAACGCCAACAAAGCCUCGCUUUUCGCUUGCCCGCCGCGCUACGCAGUUGUACCGGGCGGAACAGACCCGGAGGCCUUCAUCCUCUCCCCAGAGGUGUCGGGGCUUCGCCCCCGCCUCCAUCUUCGCGUCUCAGGAUGGCGAGCAGCAGCGGCUCUAAGGCCGAAUUUAUCGUCGGAGGGAAAUACAAACUGGUGCGGAAGAUCGGAUCUGGCUCCUUCGGGGACAUUUAUCUGGCGAUUAACAUCACCAAUGGCGAGGAAGUGGCAGUGAAGCUAGAAUCCCAGAAGGCCAGGCAUCCCCAGUUGCUGUACGAGAGCAAACUGUAUAAGAUUCUUCAAGGUGGGGUUGGCAUCCCUCACAUACGGUGGUAUGGACAAGAAAAGGACUAUAACGUGCUAGUCAUGGAUCUUCUGGGGCCCAGCCUUGAAGAUCUCUUCAAUUUCUGUUCAAGAAGGUUCACUAUGAAGACUGUACUUAUGUUAGCUGACCAGAUGAUCAGUAGGAUUGAAUAUGUGCACACAAAGAAUUUUAUACACAGAGACAUUAAACCAGAUAACUUCCUAAUGGGUAUUGGGCGUCACUGUAAUAAGUGUUUAGAAUCUCCAGUGGGGAAGAGGAAAAGAAGCAUGACUGUUAGUCCUUCUCAGGACCCAUCUUUCUCAGGAUUAAACCAGUUAUUCCUUAUUGAUUUUGGUUUGGCCAAAAAGUACAGAGACAACAGGACAAGGCAACACAUACCAUACAGAGAAGAUAAAAAUCUCACCGGCACUGCCCGAUACGCUAGCAUCAAUGCACAUCUUGGUAUUGAACAGAGUCGCCGAGAUGACAUGGAAUCUUUAGGAUAUGUUUUGAUGUAUUUUAAUAGAACCAGUCUGCCCUGGCAAGGGCUAAAGGCUGCAACAAAGAAACAGAAAUAUGAAAAGAUUAGUGAAAAGAAGAUGUCCACUCCUGUUGAAGUUUUGUGUAAGGGGUUUCCUGCAGAAUUUGCCAUGUACUUAAAUUACUGUCGUGGGCUGCGCUUUGAGGAAGCUCCGGAUUACAUGUAUCUGAGGCAGCUAUUCCGCAUCCUUUUCAGGACCCUGAACCACCAAUACGACUAUACAUUUGAUUGGACGAUGUUAAAACAGAAAGCAGCACAGCAGGCAGCCUCUUCCAGUGGGCAGGGUCAGCAGGCCCAAACCCCCACAGGCAAGCAAACUGACAAAACCAAGAGUAACAUGAAAGGUUUCUAGGCAUGAAUUGAGGAAGAGAAGCAGCAGAGCAGAUGAUUGGAGCAGCAUUUGUUUCUCCCCAAACUAGACUUUUAGUUCAUAUGUACACUAGCCAGUGGUUGUGGACAACCAUUUACUUGGUGUAAAGAACUUAAUUUCAGUAUAAACUGGCCCUGGGCAGCAUUGCUGGUGCUGACCCUGAGCUGUAGCCGCUGUAAUUGUGAAUAUUAACUGAGGUAGUGAAACAUGGUGUCCGGUUUUCUAUUGCAUUUUUUUUUCAAGUGGAAAAGUUAACUAAAUGGUUGGCACACGAAUUGGUGGAGAAAUUGUGCAUAUGCCAAUUUUUUGUUUAAAACCUUUUAUUUUGAACUAUACUGCUUUUGAGAUCUCUUUUCAGAAGAACGGCAUGAACAGUCUUCAGCCACAGUUGUGAUGGUUGUGAAUGUUCACAAUUGUGUGUUCUUAGGGCUUUCCAUCCCUGGGGUUUGCAAGUUGUUAACUUAAAACAUUCUUUAAAAGGCUGGCUUCUUGUUUGCAAGCCAGCUGAUAUGGUAGCAACCAAAGAUUCCAGUGUUUGAGCAUUUGAAAGACUCUGCCUGCUUACCUGUGCUAGAAAUAACAGCAUCUAAAGUGAAGACUUAAGAAAAAAACAUAGCGACUACUAGAUUAUCCUUAGGACUCUGCAUUAACUCUAUAAUGUUCUUGCUAUUAUAAAAGCAUAUUUGUCACAAAUUUAGUUACUGUCUUACAACCGAACAUGUAUGUGUGUUGCUUAGAUAAAUGUAAUCACUGUAAACAUCUAUAUGAUCUGGGAUUUUGUUUUUAUUUUGAAAUGGGAGCUUUUUGUUUACAAGUUCAUUAAAAACUAAAAACUG